UAACCAGCGAAAUUUUUACAGUCAUUGUUCUGCAUCAAAUUAACUCCUUUGGAUGUGUUUUAAAUGAUUACCUAUUAUAUUUAUCAAAUUAAGAAUAUACGAAAUGUUUUUCGUGUGUUUUCCAUAUUAUAAGUGUUUGAUUCAAGUUAUUCAUGGUUUUUAGUGUAAUAUAGUUGUGAGAAAUGAGAAGUCCACAUCAUGACGUACAGCUGGGUUGAAGUUCGUUGCAUUAUUUGUCGUCUAGAGUUUUGCUGUAGAGAUUGCCGUUGGAACCACGAGAGAAACACCCACGGGCUAAUUUAUGAUUGCCCAAUUUGCCGCGGAAAACAGUACCUUUGUAAACCGCAGGAAUUAAACCAAGACUUCGUGCAUCACCUUACAAAAGAACACUUUCCACUCAAGUGUGAGAAGUGUAACAAAUUAUUUAUUACAAUGGAGGAUUUAUCUGACAUCGAUAAAUGUUCAACCAUUUCUGAAUUACUUGAUUCAAAUGUUGACGAUAAUAUUAUAAAUGAGGGAAUCGUUGAAAACAAAUUUGAUUCGAUAUACGAAAAACUUAAUAGUGAUGGAGAAAAUUUUGAAGCUAUUAUAUCAAUUAAUAAUUCAACCAGAACAGCUGUUAUAACACCCUUGUUAAGAAAGAAGUGCUUAGUCGAUUAUGAGUCCACUGAUACAGAAUGGGAAGAGAGUCCCAAACAAAAGCUUGUGGCCACACCGCAUCCUAAGAAAGCUUUUAAAACUCCAACGUUGAAAAGUCAGCGUUCUGCAACCCCGCAUGUAAAAAAGCUUCUUCUGAAACAAAAACACGUUGAAAUGUACGAUGAAACAGUAGAUGAAGAAGAAAACUGUGAUGAUUCACCGGCAAGUGGUAAAACACCUUCACGGAAUAAUGACCUAGAAAUUCCAGAGUCCGACCAAAAGAUGACAACCCCCACAUCACAGCUGCCACACGUACUGAAACUGACGGAAGUGGUGACUACCAGCACACCAACGCACCCCGGCACGUGGUCGCUGUUCUCUGGAGCUGGAACUGAUUCUCCGUUAUCAGAGAUUGAGCAAACUGGCAGUCCAGCUGAGAGUAUCAAUAAAGAGUCAGAACCUUCAAGAACGGAGGAAAACAUCCAACCGAAAUUGAAAAGCAUAAUAACUCGCACUAAACUCAGCACUCAGGAUAGUUCAGAGAAGCAGGUCACAUUUCAGGACAGCGACAACGUUACUGAGUCGUCGGUUAAGUCCAAGAAAGUGAAGUUCGCUGAGGACACCAUAUUUGAACCUGAACAAAAACUGAAAAGAGUGUUCUCAAAACCAAAACGCAUGCUAACACCAGGCAGACAACGUCCAAGGUUCUCCAACCCGCGAUUCCAAGCACUCAUCAACCGUUUCGAAAGCCAAAGGGUGGCCUUAGCCCAAACCCCCAUAACCAAAAAAGAUGCGUCUAUAGAAAGCACGCCUCCCGGUGAGCAUAACACCAUCCCAGCGAGAGCAAUAAGCUUUAAAGAUGAUAGCCCAACCGUUGAUACAGAAAGCCAAUCUAAAGAAUCGAAUGAAUUAUUCAAAAGCUGUGUCAGUUCGCCAGCACCAAUGAACAAUGCAAUAACAUCGCUAACCACAAACAUAGCGGGCACUCUGCAAACGUGCCUCACCUCUGUUCUACGCUCGACCGAUGAAGAAACUGAGAUACAAUUUAAAUUUGUCAUCUCCAAAAAGAAAGUGAGCGUGAAGAGGAUCACUGAAGAGGAUAAUGCUCAGAAGUACACUGAAAUGGAAAGGGAAGAACAAUCCAAUAAGGAGAAUAUUUGGUCAACUGUGGCUAAAGUUGUUAAGAAUGUGUUUUGGGGCAGCCAAGAAACUCAUCAGACUAAUCCUACUACGCCUUACGGAUCUACAGCCUCCAACGAUACCACAUCCUCCUCAGCCUCAAAGAGGAAGUUUGAUGACAUAUCAGACUCGGAGCUCAGUCCUCUGAACCACAAGAGACAUAAAUACGAAGGCAGGAUCCGAGGGAGACCCCCCUUGCACCGCUCCAGACCCUGCAGCGUCUCAUGCUUGAGGAGUUCCCAUUCUGCUGAACAGCAUUCCAUGUUGAAGGAACUGUCUAUGUAUCAGGAGGACCAUAUGAAUAGUAGCUUCUAAUUUUUGUAAAUUGAUUUACAAUUAGAUAAAAACACACGCAGAUACUCAGACAUAAUAUACCCAGAUGAAAAUAUAUAAACUAAUAGGUAGACAGACUAAUGGACAGAUAAACAGAUAUACAGCAAUAGACACAGAUAGAUUAAAAAACAGACCUCCCGUUUCAAAGGGCACAUUCAAGUUCACGACCAGAUAAUCCAGGAUUCCUCAAGCAUGAGACAGUAUACUUGAGGAGUUCUCAUUCCGCUGAAUAGAAAAGAACUGAAACAUACCCAAAUGAAAAUAUACAUAUAGGUACUUAGCAACAGAUAGAUAGGUAGGAACACAUCAAUAUAGAUGGAUAGAUAGAAGAUGGAAAGACAGGCAGAUAUUAUGUUCGCAGAGGAAAAUAAACAGACAGAAUGUAAUAUUAUUUACAUGAAACAAACACACAAAUAAAAAAUAUACAGAUAGGUACAAACACAGAAAGAAUUAAGUUGCAUGUGAAUUUUCAUUUGAAGUGAUACUGGUCUAUUAAUUUGAAUUUCAUUAGGAUUUACAAAGGUUUAUUUGAAUUAAUUGAUUUUUUAUUGGUGUUGAAUAAAUUAUAAUUUACUUGGAAAAAGUUUAUAAUUGUAAAAUUAUGGG